CUCGUUUUCUACCGCGUCGACUGGGAUGUUAACAUUCGAAAUAAAAAUCAGACGUUCCGCGACUUACGAAGUGAAACAGCGCAGUUUUUAUGUUAACAAUAAUUUUGUGAAGGGCGAUCAAGAUAAAUAGAUAAAAAUGUCUCGGGGUAAAAACAUUCGAUUUUUCUAAUUUAUACACAGUGGAGUAGAUUUGUGUUGUGCAGCGGAUAUUGAUAAAAGAAAUAUUAUCAAAUGUUGGCGCAAUUGUUUUGACGGCGCGGCAGUCUGUUUAUACCAAAUAUUUAUAUACUAUUACUCAGUUUUUAGAGUUUUUUUUUAAAAGAAAUUAUAAAUUUAGCGAUAAAUAAGUCGUGGAAAAAAUGCAAUAAUAAUUUCAUCAUUUUUAUUAACUGUACGAAAAGUUGCUGAACACCAAAAAUUUUAUCUGUGAACAAUUAGGUGCAUUGUGUUAAAUAUUGUGAAAAGUGUAAAAUAAAUCAUGAUCAAAAAGGAAAAACCCAUGAUGUCAGUAGCUGCUAUUAUACAGGGCCAAGCAGAACAUUGGAGCAGAACUCUAGCUGGUUUUGGGAAUUCGCAUGUAUCUUUAGCACUUAGCAUCGACCCGAAUCUUUCUAUGGGUACUUUAGGACCGCAAUCUCCGCUAGAAAUCAAACCAGACGCAUCUACGUUAAACCAAUUUAGCCCUCAAGGACCAAACAGUCCGGGAUCUUUCAACCUUGGCCAUGGUAAUUUACUGAGUCCCGCAGGAUCACAGAAAGCUAACUCGCCAUAUCCUCCCAACCAUCCCUUAAGCGGUUCUAAACACUUGUGUUCAAUAUGUGGAGAUAGAGCUAGUGGGAAACAUUACGGGGUGUACAGUUGCGAAGGAUGUAAAGGAUUUUUCAAAAGAACUGUGAGGAAGGAUUUAUCGUAUGCCUGUAGGGAAGAAAAAAAUUGUAUAAUCGAUAAAAGACAAAGAAACAGGUGUCAGUAUUGUCGAUAUCAAAAAUGUCUUGCAAUGGGUAUGAAGAGAGAGGCUGUGCAGGAAGAAAGACAAAGAACAAAAGAUAGAGAUACAUCGGAAGUAGAAUCCACUUCAAAUAUUCAAACCGAGAUGCCUAUAGAAAGGCUCCUAGAAGCAGAAAGAAGAGUUGAGGCUAACGAUCCGGCCGGUUCACUUGAUAAUACGAAUAUCUGUCAAGCUACAAAUAAGCAACUAUUGCAACUAGUCGAAUGGGCCAAACUUAUACCACACUUUACCUUACUUCCAGUUUCAGAUCAAGUGCUGUUGUUACGAGCGGGAUGGAAUGAACUUUUGAUAGCCGCGUUUUCCCACAGAUCUAUACAAGCUCAAGAAGGGAUCGUUUUAGCUACAGGACUUAUAGUUAAUAAGACAACUGCUCAUUCCGUAGGGGUUGGUAAUAUCUACGAUAGGGUAUUAUCAGAACUUGUAAAUAAAAUGAAAGAAAUGAAAAUGGACAAAACAGAAUUGGGAUGUCUUAGAGCCAUAAUACUUUACAAUCCUGACGUACGUGGUUUGAAAUCAGUACAAGAAGUAGAAAUAUUGAGAGAGAAAAUUUAUGGUGUACUGGAGGAAUAUACUCGUACCACACAUCCAAACGAACCUGGAAGGUUUGCAAAACUAUUACUUCGUUUACCAGCACUGAGAUCGAUAGGACUUAAAUGUUUGGAACAUUUAUUCUUCUUCAGGCUAAUUGGAGAAGUAUCUAUCGAUACUUUUUUAAUGGAAAUGUUGGAAAAUACUUCGGAUUUAUAAAUACUAUGUUAACAGACUGGCAAUAUUGGAUAUAUUGUACAACGUCUAAAGUUCCGGAUUAUAUUUGUGUUAUUUGUUGAGUAGAAUCAUCUACACCAGUGUUACAUUGAAAUAUAAAUAAAUCUACGUUAAAUUAUAAAUGAAACUUCUUUCUUUUAAUACUAAAUUUUACAUUUGUGUUAUAAUAAAUGUUAUAUAAUGAUUUUAUAAAAAUUCCAGAUUUAAUGAUUAUUAGUAUUAAUGUAAUAAAAUAUGAUCAUUAAAUAA